GAAUAUUGAUGAGGCGUGAUGCGCGGCGUGGUGUCGUAUCGGGUGGCGCGGUCGGCGAUUGGCCGAGUGCGUGUGUGCGCGGUGACGCGUGUCGCGGCGGUGCGGGUCCCGAUUGCUGCAGCCGCUUGUCAGUGUGACGAAGAUUGGCACCCAGUCAUCAUCUGGACCAAGUAGUUAAGCAUGACGCAUCACACAGAAGUAGGUGAUGGGUUUCUGUCCACUACCUUGUGCAUCAGUGGAAUUUGCUCUGCUGGAAUGAGAUGAUGGCCUCUUCAACCAGUUGAAAGAAAGGGCUUCUUCUUUGUACCGCAUCUUACAGAAUAUUUGUUCUCACUUAUGAUGAUUUGACAUAAUUAGCAUUUUAUUAACCAUGAUGGCAACACAGACAUUAAGUAUAGACAACUAUCAAGAUGGACAACAGAUGCAAGUAGUAACAGAAUUAAAAACUGAACAAGAUCCAAACUGCUCUGAAACUGAUGCAGAAGGGGUGAGUCCUGCCCCUGUAGAAUCUCAGACUCCAAUGGAUGCAGACAAGCAGGCUAUUUACAGGCACCCACUAUUUCCCUUGUUAGCAUUAUUAUUUGAAAAAUGUGAACAGUCUACACAAGGUUCAGAAGGCACAACUUCUGCUAGUUUUGAUGUAGAUAUUGAAAAUUUUGUAAGGAAGCAGGAGAAAGAAGGAAAGCCAUUUUUCUGUGAAGAUCCAGAAACUGAUAAUCUGAUGGUAAAAGCAAUCCAAGUUCUACGUAUCCAUCUGCUUGAGCUAGAAAAGGUUAAUGAACUCUGCAAGGAUUUCUGUAGUCGCUACAUUGCCUGCCUGAAGACAAAAAUGAAUAGUGAAACUCUACUAAGUGGAGAGCCUGGAAGUCCUUAUUCGCCUGUGCAAUCUCAGCAAAUUCCAAGUGCCAUUGCAGGCACACUCAGUCCCCAAGGGAUUAUGGUGCCAGCAUCAGCAUUGCAGCAGGGAAAUGUAACUAUGGCAACAGUAGCAGGGGGGACAGUGUAUCAGCCUGUCACUGUGGUCACUCCACAAGGUCAAGUGGUGACACAAGCACUGUCACCUGGGACUAUUCGGAUCCAGAAUUCUCAGCUUCAGUUGCAAUUAAACCAAGAUCUAGGCAUCUUGCAUCAAGAUGAUGGCUCGUCAAAAAACAAAAGAGGAGUUCUUCCCAAGCACGCUACAAAUGUGAUGAGAUCUUGGCUUUUUCAGCACAUAGGGCAUCCAUAUCCAACAGAGGAUGAGAAGAAACAGAUUGCAGCACAAACAAAUUUGACACUACUCCAGGUUAACAACUGGUUUAUCAAUGCUAGAAGGCGAAUUCUUCAGCCAAUGCUGGAUUCCAGUUGUUCUGAAACUCCAAAAACAAAGAAGAAAACAGCUCAGAACAGACCAGUUCAGAGGUUCUGGCCUGACUCCAUUGCUUCAGGAGUUGCUCAGCAGCAAUCUAACGAGCUUACGAUGUCAGAUGGUGCUGUUGUAACAAUUACAGCUCCAGUCAACAUGAAUGUAGACAGUCUUCAGUCUCUGUCAUCCGAUGGUGCUACUUUGGCUGUUCAGCAGGUUAUGAUGGCAGGGCAAAGUGAGGAUGAGUCUGUAGACAGCGGCGAAGAUGAUGGAGGAGAUCUCUCAACGACAAAUAUCAGUGGGCUGGUCUUAGAUAACAGCGAUUCUCUGCAGUAGGAAUCAAGACAGAGCGACAAAAUGUUUAGGAAAAAGAAUGAACUGACUGACUGUUUUUAUAGUUUGCACAGCAAACAUUUUACACAAGUUUUAUUUCUAAUAUGUUUUAUAUGUAGAUAUAGAAGGGUGCACUUUUUUGUAUUUCAUAGUAAGCUUAAAGAGUGUUUUUGCAGGUGCAGCAACUUCUUUCAAAUGUGGUUUUUUUCAUUUCUUUUCAUUUUCUUAUUUCAGAAAAUUAUAUCUAGUAAUAUAAAGAACCACAUAAGCACCCCUUUGUUCUCUGAUGAGUUGGAAGUGCUGCAGUUUCUAAAAAAAUUAUGCAGUUUCAAUUAGUGCUGUUAUUUAACACAGCUCUUGAUGGGCAGGUGAUGUAAAUUUAAAGCAUGUGACACUAGUGUGUGGAACUUGAUCAUUAAGUUAGAUGCAUAUAUUUGAAAGAUGCUUCUGCACCUUAAAAACUGCUAGUCUGAGGUGGACAGCAACACACAAAAAGAAAAUGGUGAUGUGUGAUUCAGUAGCGAAUGUAUGGCAAUUUAAAUAAGUUUAGUUUCUCUCAUAGUCAGUGAGCCUGUUUAUCAUUUGCUAUAAAAACUCCUAUUUUUACCUUGCCGGGAUUAUUGGAUAAAAAAUAUUUUUAUAAAUUCAUUAGGAAUUGGGAUGACGACUGUAUUAAGCAGGAGAAAAACAAAUUUCCAGAGGGGAAAAAUAAAUGUUUAGUAUUCCUAUUUGGAAGGUCUGAAAACUGGCCAAAUUUAAUAAACAAGCCUACACUAGCGUUCUAUGAUUCUCAGCUAUCCCAUAGUGGUAUAGUAUAUUUGAUAAUAGCAUAAGAACGGCCCACUGUUUGAUGGGAUUUUGAUAUUGUCAAACUUUGAUUUAUAUUAUGUGUAAACUAAUAUUCAGAUAACAUUAAUGCUGUAUCUAAACUUGUAUCUGAAGAUGUUUGCUAAAUGAGUAUUCAGGUAAGUAAAUUCAAACACCCACAAUACUUCCAGUUAUUAGAGAAAUUUAACAGUUUAUAGUUCAUCCGUCUGAUCCUGAAAAAUGAAAAGUUGCCUAUUACACAGUGAUGAAUUUUGCUAUCUCUUUGCUAUUUCAUUGCGAAAUAUUUUUUUCCCCAGUACAAAAAGGAAUAAUUUAUGGAUUUAUAUAAAGUUUCUUCAAAGCUGAAGGUCACUACCAGAGUAUACAGCAGGCUUAUUAGAGUAGGAGAUCCUUGUGUGUCCUUUAAAAACUGAGAAUCAGUGAUGGAAGGACUUUUUUUUUUGUGUGGUAAUAGAACAUUUCUUUUUUCCCAAAGUUUGGAGUCUGUGUCUGUCUACCCAUGAACACUUACUUUUAAAACUUUGUAUUUCCUGUUAUUAAGUACAAGUAACAGACUCCAAGAGUCUCAUGGUAUGAUCAAGGUCCUCUUUUCCUCCCAGUCCAUUUGUCCCUAUCUAGGUUCAGAUCAAAGGCAGAAAUUUCUUCUGAUUUAGACCAAAUCUAGUUGCAUUUCUAACAUGACAGGGAAAAGGACAGGGAAAAGCUUUUAGAAUCUCAGACAUUGUAUUUGAACAAAGCCCUUCAGUUCAAUCUUCGCAUUUGCUAAAUACUUAAUUUUUGCUUCACAAAACACUCAGGCAUGUGCUUAGGUCUCAUUGAUUUCAAUAGGAUUAAAGCAUGUAUUUUUUGACAUGCUGAAAUGCUUGGAAGCAAAUCUUUAAAGAUUGUUUCACAAGGCAAUUUUAAGUCAGUAUGAUGAAAGAUUUCAGAAAGAAAUAUCAUGCUAGUGACUACUAGCUGUUUUGAAAAAUUAGUGUUGGGCUUUACUCAACACAAGUGAUGUUUCUGCAAUGGCUUUCACUUACUCCCAGGUGGGGAUUUUGCUUCUUGGUUCAAAUGCAGUAAUGAUCUACUCCAGCUGGAGUUAUGAUUUCUAAAGACUUUGUUUUAUUCUAACUUCUCCACUUUGCCACUAAUGUGCCAUGCUUAUUAAAGAGCAUAGUAAAUGAAUAACGAAAGAUUUAAUUAGGAAGUCUUUGGCAUAGCAUAACUAACUCGAAGGCUAUUGUCAAAUCUAGUUUGACCCCAAAGUAUUUAAAAAGACAACUAUUGUGUACAAAUCAUGCUCCUCUGGAAACAUUCAACCUACUGUUCCUACAAAUGAUACCUGAGAUGACUAGAACCAAGAAACAGAUUCUGUAUUUUUCUUUUAAGUUACUUUUGUUUUAACUCCUCAAGCACUUUGUCACCCUCACAGUUUCUAUUAUAUAAUUGGUUUUGUUUGUUGCUUUGUGUAGGGGUUUUAUUCAGGAACCCUUGUUCGUAUUAAAUAGUGUGUUAAUCCUAGUACUUCAAGCAUGUGGACAGAUGAAUAAUCUACUUCUCGGCGUGUACAGAGCUGUGGACAAAUACGCUUUUCCAGAUCAACCUAUGCUGGAAGAAUAGGCCAUUGCUCACUUUCUCCUUUCCCUCUCUGACUAUAGUUGUUGCUGCCUCGGAUCUAUCAGCAGAGCUUUCCCCAGCCUGCUCCAAGGGAGGCUGGGAAGCAGCUCAGCCAGCAUAGCUGUGAUGGUAGCAAGCAGUGUAGGGAAGGGCAAAAAUGGGAAAAACUUCUGUGGUUUAUAGAUAUACAACAGGCAUUUGCCUGUCCUUCAAGAUUAACAGAACUGAGAUCUUAAAAAAGACAGGGCAUUGAUACCAUUUAAUCUGUAUACAGCUGGCUGGAAGAGGGUUCAGAAAUAUGUGCAGUUUAUCUUGCAUUCUGAACUCAAUUGGAAACAACUGGGCUUCAGGGCUUGCACAUUUCUGAAAGUUUAAGUUUUGGAACAAAUUGUCUGAUUAGUUUUCUUUUUUUUCCCCUACUUGCAGUAGAAGUUUUAUUCUCCUGAAAUGUUUGCAACCUUAUCUUCAGCUAGUGUAUAAAUACCUGGAAAAUGAAGCUAACUGGAAAGUUAUUAUGAAAGGGAGAAAAUGGAGUAGUUUUAUUGGCAAAUUAGAGAGAGAGGAAAAAAAAAGUGAAGUGAAUUAUUAAAACUGAAAAAACUUCAUCAGUAUAAUCAAAGAUAUCACAACAUAUGGAACUCAAACCUCUUUUAAUUGUUAGAAUUUUGUAAUUGAUAUGAACUGCAUAGAAGUGCUUGUUCUUUUCAUGACUUUAAAAAGAAAAAAAGUGGUGUUCUUCCCUUUUUCUUAUUAUGCAAGAAAGAUUACUGGUUUAAGGGAAGCAUCGCUGUUCAGGAAAGGUACCUGUUUACAUUAGACAGUUAGUUACAAAGUCUUCAUAGGGGACCUAACUUUAAACCCAUGUAUAAUUCCCCCCUUCCCACCCAGAGCAAUUAAAGUCACAUUCAUACAUAAUGGAAGAGCUAAUUUGUUUUAAAAAUCACUGCAGCUCUUCUGCAAUUUUGAUUAUUGAAACUCAAUCUUUUUUCAAUGUAAUCUAGAUCAUUAACCCAAAAUAGGGUUCUCAGUCCACUUUUUCCAAGAUUUCUAUAGCAAGCAAGCCAAUUUCCUGUUGUUAUUUAACAUUAGGAACAUUGCAUUUAGUAAAUCAUUUCCAAAUUGAUCAGCAUAUAUUUAAAAAUGGCUGCUCCAAAGAAAUAAUCAUGUUAGAAUUAAGCAUUUAGAAUCACAGGUACAGCUCUGGCUCUGCAGACAGUUUCCUAGAUCUGGUUAGGGGGUCAAAGAGGCAUCCAGCUAACCUCCGGGUUACUCUGUAAGGUUGUACCUUAACUGCAAGAGAAUUGCUCCCUUCUUCUGGUCCCUGCUUACGAUUAGAAAGCUUUUGGAGAGCCCUCCAACUUUCUGCUGCCUGCCUGCCUCAGUUUGCUUCUGAAACCAGGGUAGGGAUGAGGGGAUUUGAAGGGCAGGAGUGCGCGUGGAGCUGGUGUGCACCAGGUAUUCUUUGGUCAGAUUGUGGCCAGAAGAUGCACCUAGACCAAGAAACUGGAGUUCCUACUUCCUGUGCUUUAAAAGUAACUUCAGGUUUAUGGAUCUUCUUGUGGAGCAGGGCCACAGAGACUUAAUGCCUGGAUAAUAUAUCUAUUUGUUUCUCUAAUCACAUGGAAAGAGAAUUAGAAGGCAGUUCAACUUCCUGACUUCAUGAACUUGAAAGCCAAAAGGAUGAAACAAAGUCUUUCCAAGGGAUGAUAGUUUCAUAAAAACUAUUAGCUUUGUAGCAGUUAAAGUUAUUUUGAAAAAUGAAAACACAUGCAUUUAAUUGUAAUUAAAGUUGAUUUAAGAUUUAUUUUCUGAAGCUGAGUCAUCUUGGGAGAAACAAAAAUGAAUAAGCAUUUGUCUAUGCAAGAUGAAAUUCAAAAACAUGUAUGAAUCAGCCAUUUUUAGGUGCUGUAUUGUUGUUGUCUUUUUGGCUUCUGUUACUUUGAUUAAUCUUUGAAACCUUUCAGCCUUAAAUUCAGCUUAGUUUUAGAGCUGAACAGGCAAAAUGUAGUUCUGAAAUCUUGUCGGAAAUGUAACUGACCUUCAUUCACUCGUGAAAAUCUCUUAUGUUAAACAAUAGAGAUGUUUUGGUUCAGACUAUCACCACCUCCUAAAAACAAAGCUAGCUGAUAAAUAUCCAUGGUAAAUACAGGUUAAACUGUAAUGUUCAAAUGAUCAAAUCAUCAGUCUUAUGCUGAAAACACAAUAUAGCUGAAUAGUAAAGCAGGUUGGCUUCACCAAACUCAAAGUCAGUGGGGCUUUCCCCCCCCCCCCCCCCACUUUGGCUUAAUAAGCUCUUUCAAAUAGGUUUUGGAUUGUAUGAUUUCAAGUCCUAAAAUGACUUGAUCACCCGGAGUAAAGUAUAGUAAAAUUGGCACUAGUGGGCUCUUAAAUGAUUUCUCAAAUCAUAUUACUUGGUCAUUGUUAUCUCCUGGAAAUAUAAAAUCUGUUCUUUUUCUGUGACUUAGUUCUUUAGGACCAGCUGAGUGAGCACAGCUGUUUUGCUAGAGAAAAGCAGUGUGGGAGAAAGCAAUGAAGCGCCUUACCAGUCUUGUAGACUACUAUAAAGAUAUUUAACUGUUGUUAAUAGAACCCAGUGUUUUCAGGUAGUGAUGGAAGUGGCCCAUAAAUCUUUCAGUGGUUUAGCAACAUUUGGUUUAUAAAGUUGACAAUCUUUAAAAUGUGAACCCUGUAUUAUUUUUUUUCUCCCCUGGAGUGGUUGUUAAGGGAUUUUGUGAAGCAACUGAUCUAUCAAAAGAUAAAAUUAAUAAUCAGAAUGUGCUUCAUGGAUGAUGUAUUUUUACACUACUGUUCUCUGUGAACUUAAACACAUCUUUAAAGUAAAGCAUUCACAUUACAUUAGCAGUAUUGUUUGGCUGAAAGACAUAUGUUUUUAAGAAAUCUUGAGCAUAGUUUCAACUAGUUAAGCAAUUCUUGGCCAGGAAGAAUCUUUGGCCUUUUUGUUUGUUUGGGUUUUCUUGUUUAUGCAAAUGCAGAAAAAUGUUUACUAGUUCUUAACAACAUGGGGAUUUUUAUUAUGCUUUUGUAAUGCAGGAGCAGCUUCGAAAGAAAGAAUUAGUAGGUAAAUAGCCCAUAAUGUGUGUGACUUUUAUUUUUGUUUGUUUGUUUCAAAGUUGUUAAUUAAAAUGGCAUGGACAUCAAA